GCAUCAGUUGGAGAACCUCCAGCCAUAGAGUUCACUGACGAGGGCAAAAUAAACGACGAGACUGUUGCAACGCUCGUUGAAGAUCUGGAGAAGCUAGCCAUUAACCCUGAAUGUUCACUAUACCAGCCUACCUCGUCCCAGGCGAUUAAGACGGUUGCUCCAGAUUCCGCUCCGGAAUUGUGGGAAGCAGUGAGGAUAGAGGGCAAAGUAAGCCAGUUCCUACAAAUGCCAAGACCUGACAAUGGCCUGGCGCAAGCAAUAGUAGAAUCGUAUAAGCUAGCGGAAAAGGCAGAGACAAGGCGACGACUUCUCAGCAUUUGUGCCAGUAAAGUAACGUAUUCAGAGCUUAUUGCACACAUUCCUAAGCUAACAAGAUAUGAGUUCACUGCCGCAAGACGGUACGCACUUGAAGUUGGCGCAGGACUCCCUGUUUAAUUUUAGCACCUUCCGUGAAACAAACAAGAGAAAGGGUGGUUCCUACAAAGCUAGAACACUUCCUUGACUUCAUAACGUCCUCCAAUAGAGUACAAAAUCUUCCCUUUGGUAGGAGAACUCUUACGUUAAGCAGCGGUGAGAAGAUCAAUAUCCCUAAUGUCAUACGAACGAUGCUGCCUUCCCAUCUCAUCAGACAAUACAACCAGUACUGCAGCGAAGAAGACUUUAUUCCACUUUCUACCCGCACCCUCUUUCGUAUUUUGUCUGAGGCUUGCGUGGCCUCAGUGAGAAAGAGUUUACAGGGCUUAGAUAGCUAUGCAGCGGAGGGCGGGCGUGGUUUUGAUGACCUGAUUUCCCUCCUGGAUACAUUGAUGCAAUAUGGUGCUAACGAUCCUGAAAUACACAAGCUAAAGGAGAGCCUUAAACAUCUCAUACAGUACAUCAAAAGUGAUUACAAGGUAUGUUUCCCAGUAUUUCAUACCGCCUCUUGAUAGAACGUAACCACAUGCCUCUUUUCUCCGCAGAUCUAUUGUUCCAUAUUUAGUUCUAUACCUGACCACUGCAGAGUGUUUGCACUUAGCGAUCCGAAGAAGAAAUGCUUCCAUUGACGCUGUGACCACCACCACAAUCAACAGUGUGAGAAUUGUGAAAUAUUGAAAACGGUAAGUUAAUAAAAUACUAUUGGAAAUCAAUGGAAUAUAAUUCGGUUAAUUACAUAUUGUGUAUAUACAAUGUGCAAUGGUAUAGCAUGCUGAUGCUGCUAAGGAGAAAAUUGUCUAUGAAUAUGACACAUCACCGAAGCUCUCAGAUGUUACAGAAAAUGUAACUUUAUUGAAAAAAGUUUUUCGUUUUCCUUAGUCUUUAGAUUUAGUUAAGUCCUUCAUCCAGUCUACUAACCUACCCGAAGACGUGCAGGAUGAUGCUCUAUUUACUGCGAGAACCGCGUGUGAUGCUGUCCUGUCCUGGAAAUCCCACCAGCUCCGCAUGGUCCACCAGGACGUAGCCAGGUCGGAUGCUAUCCACGCUAAUCAGGCAAGAAGAUUCCACGCGAAUCAGGCAAGACUUUGCCAUGAAGUUCUUACCAGCUCAGUACAGAGAGACACAGACCGAAUUCUUCGGGAAAAGAGGGAUUUCGUGGCACCUUACAGUUUGCCAAAGCAACAAAGGCGCAGAGAUGGUCGCCCAAAC